GUUAUGAAUAUUGUCAAGGGAACAAUAUUCGUCUUUCUGCUUGGACUUGGAAUGGUGGGGAACCUCUCCAUCUUUGUGAAUUACAUGUGGAUUUUCUUUUUGGAUGCUGAGAAGAAACCUGUACAUGUUAUCCUCAUCCACUUGACUUUUACUAAUGUAAUAAUGAUUUUGACCAAAGCAAUGCACCACAUGAUGGUAGCUUUUGGUGCAGUUCGGCACAUCCUUCACUUUCUGCUCUUCUUCUGGGUGUUCAACACCUUGAUAAAAAUGGAUUUACUCGACAUCAUCACAGGAAGCAGCAGAAACGGAUCACAAGUGAUUGAAAAUCAUUACUAUUGUCAUGCUCAGUCACAAAGCAAGGUAACACGAUGGCUUACUCUCAGUGGCAUUUUUUUUUGUACAUUCUACAUCAUGUUCCUUCUACACAAGCACCACAAGCAUGCGCUCUACCUGCGGAACUCUACCAAGUGCAUCUGCACCACGCCCCCUGAGAUCAAAGCCGCUCAAAGCAUUCUCCUUCUGUUGCUUUGUUUUCUUUUCUUUUAUUGGACAGAUUCUAUUAUUACUUUAUGUGUAAAUUACUCCUUGAAGAAUAAUUUCAUACUCUUAAAUUUCCAAGAGCUUCUAAUCCUUGGACAUGCCAUCCUCAGCCCCUUUGUGAUGAUUUAUAGAGACAGACGUCUGGCUAAGUGUUGCCACAUCAAUAAGACUUGA